ACUUGCAAAAUCUCCACUACCAUUUUCCGCCAUACCCAUCUCCAUCCGUCGCCAGCAUUACCCUCACAUCCCCCCAAGAAAAGGAAAGAAAAAGGGUACCCUCCAGCAAUGGCCGAUGUAGCCGCGCCGCCGCCGCCGCCGCCGCCGCCGCAAGCGACGGAGGAGCUCCCGCCUCCGCCGCCGCAAGGGACGGAGGAGGUCCUGCCUCCGGAGCCGCCGCUGGCGGAGCCUCCGAGGGAGUAUGUUCCGGCGGAGCAGCAAGAGGAGGUGCCACCGCCUCCGUCCUCUGCGGUGACGACGACCACCGCGGUGGAGUCCGAGCUGCUGGAGAAACCGCCGCCGGCCCACGAGGAGGUCGUCGUCUCUGUCGACGCCAGCAAGAAGGUGGAGCCGCCGGCCGAGCCGCAGAAGGUCCCACAGUCCUUCGCUUCCUUCAAAGAGGAGAGCAACAAGGUCGCCGAUCUCUCCUUUCCCGAGAGGAAGGCUCUGGAGGAGCUGAAGCAGCUCGUCCAGGAAGGCCUCAACACCAACGUCUUCGUCUCCAAGCAAACCCCGGAGCAGGAAGCCGAAACUGGCGAGGCCUCCGUCUCCGCUGGAGAAGUCUCCAUCUGGGGGAUCCCGCUGCUCAAGGACGAGCGGAGCGACGUCCUGCUGCUCAAGUUCCUCCGGGCACGUGACUUCAAGACCAAGGACGCGUUCGUCAUGCUGCGGAACACGAUCCACUGGCGAAAGCAGUUCGGCAUCGACGCCCUCGUGGACGAGGACCUCGGCGACGAUCUUGAGAAGGUCGUGUUCAUGCACGGCCAUGAUCGGGACGGCCAUCCCGUGUGCUACAACGUCUAUGGGGAGUUUCAGAACAAGGAGCUGUAUCAGAAGACGUUCGCCGACGAGGAGAAGCGGACCAAGUUCUUGCGGUGGAGGGUCCAGUUCUUGGAGAAGAGCAUCCGGAAGUUCGAUUUCAAUCCGGGUGGCAUUUGCACCAUUUUCCAGGUGAGCGAUCUCAAGAAUUCUCCGGGACCGGGGAAGCGCGAGCUCCGGAUCGCCACCAAGCAGGCUCUCCAGUUGCUUCAGGACAACUAUCCCGAGUUCGUGGCCAAGCAGGUGUUUAUCAAUGUUCCCUGGUGGUAUCUGGCGUUUUAUGCAAUGAUCAACCCUUUCUUGACCCAAAGGACCAAGAGCAAGUUUGUGUUCGCAAGCCCCUCCAAAACUGCGGAGACGCUUUUCAAGUACAUUUCUCCUGAGCAAGUAGCGGUGCAGUAUGGUGGCUUGAGCGUAGAUAAUUGCGAUUGCAAUCCCGAUUUUACUGUUUCUGACCCUGCAACCGAGAUGACAGUGAAGCCGGGGACCAAACAAAUUGUGGAAAUCAUAAUCUAUGAGAAAUGUGUUAUUGUUUGGGAGCUCCGUGUUGUUGGGUGGGAAGUCAGUUAUGGUGCCGAGUUUGUGCCCGACUCUGGUGAAUUUUCAGUCAAUAUUCAGAAGCCCAAGAAGAUGUCGCCUCUGGAUGAGCCGGUGGUGCACGGAACCUUCAAAGUUUCGGAACUCGGCAAAGUGUUGCUCACUGUUGAUAACCCAACCUCAAAGAAGAAGAAGCUUCUCUACAGGUUCAAGAUUGACCUAUUGGGUGAUUGAGCCUACAAAAUCAAUCAUAGUUAGCCAAACGUGAUAUAUUCUCGGAUAUAUUGGGGAGUGAGAAGUCUCUGGUGCUCAUAUUUGUCCUCUCUCCUGGAGAAAGUUUGAUUGGUGGUCAAUCCUUGUAAAUCGUAUGUCAUAUCUUGAUUUUGUUUUAAAUAAUUCAUCAAUUCGUGGUGUGGAUUUUGAGGUUUUGAGGUUUACGUUUUUGCUUUUUUGAACUUUUUUUUUUUUUUUUUUUUUUUUUUUUCACGUGGCCGUCAUUUCUUGUUUCCCCCUCCUGGCGAUGAGAGGCGCAAACUGGAAAGUUUUGAAUUUGGAGUACCAACUUGCUUCCAGUAGCUAUGUUGGAGGCCUCUAGGCGAGGGUGGGAAGAUUUAGCUAUGGAAACAGUGGUGGUAUAGUGUGGCAUCUGUAUUGUUUUUUUGUUCUGUUCACUGUCGAAUAUGAUUUUUGCUUUGCUUGUGAUGUACAUUAAUGGAAUGUGCUUGAAGUUGACAUAUGUCAGACCUAUUUGGCCCUGGUGGAUGCAUUUUUUGAAGGUCAACUUUAAAGAGUUGCUUACA